AUUUGACCUUAGCCUGCUUCCGCUAGUUUGUUGAUGAUUGGUUUGCACAGUUUUACAUGAGCAACAGACGUGAAACAGAAAAUAAUGCACUGGGUAAUUUGCAAAAUUAGCAAACAUAUUUUACAGAAUUUCUGUACGGUUCUGCAUCAUUCUUGCACAAGAUCUGUGAACAGCGGUAUAAAUAAUUUCGCAGAUUAAGGAUCAUUGGAUGUGUGUCACAUGUACGGAAACUCCAAACAGUUGACUUGGGGAUAAUCAAUGAAUAAUUGUGGUAGCAGAAGUAUGGCAUCUGAGAACUGCGAGCAACAGCUGAAUGAAGUAUACAAGUCCAUCAAGAAAAAUGACCUGGCAUUGCUACAAGAUCUGUUGGAGAGUCAGCCAGAUGUGAACCACAUAUCUGAAGAUGAAUCUGUUCCCGCCCUCGCACUGGCUUGUUCCCUCGGCAAUGUGGAAGCUGUCAGACUCCUCGUAAAGGCAGAUGCUGAUGUCAACCUGGCCGGUUCAGAUGGAAAAACAUCUCUACGUUACACGUGUGGGGAAGAGGAUCAUAAACCGGAAUUGCUUGAGAUUUUGGAUAUUUUAAUUCAGAAUGGUGCUGAUAUUAAUGAGUCUGAUAACAUGGGCUGCACACCUCUGUACUACGCCUGUCUAGCAGACAACACCAAGAUGGUGCACAAGCUCAUUCACGAGGGAUGUUCUGUUAAUAUAAAAACGGUCGAAGGAGAUUCUCCUAUGAAAGUGGCGUGCAGAAAUGCUGAAUAUUGGUUCUUCUGGAAGGGCAGGGAUACCCACGGAGCAUGCACACCUGCUGAUCCCAACGAGUUCGCUCCUGUUCAAAUUAUCAAACUUCUACUCCAAAAUGGUUCCGAUCCAGGGGAGGCAACUUGUCUGCCCACAGCUGUUCAGUUUGGUGCUAUUAGCCUAGUCAAAGAACUUCUCAAUUACAACAUGAACGUGAACAUGAUGGAUCAGUCUGAGAGAUCUCCUCUUGGCUGUGCUUGCUCCACAGUGAAGGUCGAUGCCAGCGUGGUCCAGAUGCUCCUGCAAUAUGGAGCAGACGUCAACAAGGGAGGAGGGUGGAGGAAGCAGAAACCAGUCAUCUUUGCAUAUGCUCACAACUCCGUGGAGAAGAUUCGUCUGCUGCUGUCCUACGGUGCAGAAAUAACAGAUGAAGAAAUGACCGACCUCGUUUCUCUCAGUCUGUCGAAGUCUGUUCUCGAGAACCCAGAAGUUAUCUCCCCUUCCAGCAAAGAGCUGAUCUCAUGGCGUCUUCUGCUUGCUGCGGGUUUCCAUCCGGUCAUUGGAGGAAGUCUGCAAGGCAAAAUCCACAAGCUGACCAUCUGCAGCAGCUAUGACAAGAUAUCAUCAUGGAUACCGUCACUCUUGUCACCAGUUCACACACUCGCUGAGUGCUGCAGAAUCUGCAUUCGUCGCUGCAUGCCGCUGAGUAUUGAUGAGAAAGUAGAUACACUGCCCCUUCCUCCUAGAUUGAAAAUGUUUUUGCAGUUUAAAGAACCCAAAUUUUCUUCAACGUAACUGAUCUAACAAGAUGGCUAGGAAGUACUUAGGAAGUUCUUCAUCUGAUCUGAAAGAAGUUGAAUGCAAACAGAUCUGAUUAUUGAUGGCAUUUGAAUUUCUGAAUUGUUAUGUUUUGAUAAGUAGUGGACAGUUUCUGAAAUAAUAUUACCAAAUGUUUAACAUCCAAUAACUGAUCAUUAAUAAAACAAUGUGCUCUAGCGAUUAAACAAAACAUACUUUUAGUUUAACUAUGUUCCUGAAAUAAUGAUAUAGGAUUUAGGUGGAUAGGGACAACCUACCACUGACAGAAUAAAAGUAAAUAAACAACUGGACUUUACUUACAUUAUCAUGCCUAUAUAGUGUUUCAAUGUGUAUGUAUUCCAGAAUAUUUUCUCAAGUAUUAUUAACAAGUUGCCAAAUACUAAAUGUUGUAGUAACUUUUUAUUAAAAAAAAAAAUAGCAGUUGGCUAAUUUGAUUUUGGGCAGGGUGCACCCUGCUGUUUAGUUUUCCACUUGCCUUGUAUAGUUAUUUUGGAAUCUUUAGGGAUUAAGCUGUAAGUUGCUAAAUAUAAUUUAAAGUUGAAUUUGGUAAAUAUAUUUUCUUAUUAAAUCACUAAAAUUAAUAGCUAUCUUGAAACAAAAAAUCAUUUAAAAAGCCUUACUUUUGUUAUGAUUAUUUGGCUCAUUAAAACAUGAAGUUGGCUGAAUAUUUUCUCUCCACAUUGCUAAUAUUUUGGGGUUCUGCUUUAAUCCUGAUAGAACUUAAUAAUGAACUGUGAUUGAUAUAAUCAGUUUAUGUCUUGGGUGAAGUUGGUGUUCACUAUGUGUGACAUCUGCUAGCAUUUCAUCAUGUCUUGUGUUCAUUUAUCUACAGCGUUAAAUUUAAACUGGUUAAUCAAAAGUGGCCUGCCUGGUGAUCUUAAAUACAUAAUCAUGUUAAAUAGGUUGUUUUCUUUUGCUGUCCAUCUCCAUAUCCCAGUCCUUGUCUCUGCAGCCAUGACAGAUGGAGGUUUCUUGUGGAUGUAUUUGCCACACAUUUGUCAUUUCAUAUCAACUUCCAUUGGUUUAAUAUACAUGUAUUAUGUUUAAUUUUCUAACAGCUGACUAGCGUAGUGGACAUUUUCUUUUUGAUUUUACCUAUAAUAUAAGUGUUAUACAGUAUAGAGAAAUAAGAAUAUAUAGGGGUAAAAGUGUUAGUGAAAAAACAGAAAUAACUCAAAUCAUGAUUCAGUGAAUUUUUAAAGUUCUAUAUCUACAAAGAACAUAAUUAUGGAAAAUAACCCCAUCCUGUUUGGCAUCAGCCAACAUGAGUUGUUUCCCCUUGGCCAUCAAAUUAUGAAAAACAAAAAUAAAGUAACAUAACACUGGUUGUAAUUUGAUAUUGACACUUGAAAAUUAACCGGGCUCACUAUUUUUGACAGCUUCUUUCUUAAAAAUGGCAUUUAAAAUAUUAAAAUAAAAUAAAGUAAACCUAAUGACUGAAACAUGCAAAAAUGGUGAGAUAAUAUGAAGCAAAUACUCUUUUUUUUUUCUUUAACAAACUUCCUUGAAUAUGCUGGUUUAGUAACACCAAAGAACGAAAACUAGUCAGCCAGGUCUCACACAGAAUAUUAAUUAAUCCUUUUUAUUUAUAGUUAUUAUCAUGUACAUACCUAUUUAAUACUUCUUGAUAGGUACAGUAAAUAUUAAGUUCUA